UGAUUCCCCAAUUCUCCUCCCACCACUCACUAAGCUACCAAGAAUUAUCUCGGCCCAUCAUGACUGGUAGUUUCUUGAAGAUAGUGAUUUCCCUGCUGUUGGUUUAUCCGAUUAGCCGUGUCCUUUACAACAUUUUCUUCAGCCCAUUGAAACAUGUUCCGGGACCAACCAGCUGGGCAGCCACCCGUCUGCCAUUCAUUUGGGGAUUGCUCCGAGGCACGAUUGUCCAUGACUUUGAGAAACUGCAUCGUAAGUACGGCCCUGUUGUGCGGACCGCGCCCGACGAGGUCAGCAUUGCCAGUGGUGAGGGCUGGACCGCUAUCUAUGCUAGCCGGCCACCUGAUCGACAGUUUCUCAAGGAUCCGGUCUGGUGGCGCAGACAGCCUGGUCAGCCUGAUUCCCUCUUGAGUGCGAUCAGCCCAGACAAGCAUGCAGCGAUGCGAAGGCUGUUAGCGCCAGCUUUCACCCAGCGUGCCCUCCGGACCCAAGAGGAGGUGCUGCAGAAGUUCGUCUCGCUUCUUGUUGCACGGAUCCGAGAACAGGUGGAAGCUGCUGAUGGUGGUAAGGCCGGUGCCCAGAUUGACAUAGCUCCCUGGUUUAAUUUCACUACGUUUGAUAUCUUUGGUGACCUGGGCUUUGGCGAGUCCUUUAACUGCCUACAAGACUCCAAGUAUCAUCCCUGGAUUGCGCUGCUGUUCAACAGUGUCAAGGCUGCCUCCGUUGUUGCAGCGGCACGGUAUUACCCACUGCUGGAGUGGCUCCUGAUGAAAUGUAUCCCCAAAUCCCUGGCGGAGAAGGGCCAACGCCAUUACCAGCAGAUUGUGGACAAGGUCGAUCGGCGGCUCAGUUGGGAGCUUCAGCGACCGGAUAUUAUGUCUCAUCUCAUCGACAAAGACAGCGGCCAAGUGGUUUUCCCGCGCGGGGAGCUCAACGCGACCUUCAUGAUCCUGACGACUACCGGCAGUGAGACUACUGCGACCGUGCUGACGGGGAUUCUAGCCUAUUUGGUGAACAAUCCGAAGAUCAUGGGGCGCCUGGUUAGCGAAAUUCGAGGGAAUUUCCAGUCUAGCAUGGAGAUCAGCCUGGCAGCGGCUACGGAGCUCCCAUAUCUCACCGCGGUCAUUGAAGAGGGGCUCCGGCUUUGUCCGCCCGUGCCGUGGAUGUUGCCCCGUCAAGUGCCAUCCGGUGGAGACUCGGUGUGUGGUACCUGGUUACCCGAGGGUACUUCGGUCUCUCUCCAAGCUUACACCCUGAACCGUGAUCCAUCCCGCUUUCAUGCCGCUACCUCCUUCUGCCCCGAGCGCUGGCUUGCAGAUGCCUCGUCCAAUCCGGACUCACCUUUUCACCAUGAUGACCGCCGGGCCGUGCAGCCGUUCAGUAUGGGGCCACGAAACUGCUUGGGACAGCACCUGGCCUGGGCGGAAAUGAGACUAAUUCUUGCCAAACUCCUGGUAACCUUUGAUUUCGAGGCUGUGGAGGGGAAACGAUUGCAAUGGGAGGAACUACGCACGUUCUUGUUGGUGGAAAAGCGACCCUUGUGGGUGCGAGUGCGAGUGGCUGGCCCCUGAUGAUGAUUCAGUGGGGCUGGGGGCGGGAGGGG